CUCAGACCUCUGGACAUCCCACCUCCCGCCCGCACUCUACGCCCUGGCCAGCAAUAAGAGUUUUGCCGAUUCUAUCAUUAUUACCUACCUAUUGAAUCGCCUCUUGUAGCAACUUGGUAUUACCGCCACUACCACUACCACUACCACCACCACCCGUCCCUGCGAUCUGUGACUCGAAAUCUACUUCCAACUACAGCUUCAUCCUCAACUCACCUCACCUCAGCAUUCAUUCUUCGCUUCAGAUAUAUUGAUAUCAACUCUACUAUUCUGGUCAUAUUACUCUUAUUCUUGCUGCUCCUUCCAUUGUGCCCAAGCUACCACUCAGCUAUCUCACUCGUUUUCUCAUCCCCCACCCGCGACCCUCCAUCCACCACCGUCUUUCCCGAUCCACAUUUCUUGUCCUCUCUUUUGCGUCCGUUGACGCGUCUAUGUCCAUAAAAUCUCACACUUUCAUAUAGACCUACCUCCAGUUUUCAUCUCGCAUUCUGCCUAGACUGGCCGCACGCUUUACAUCCAUCCUCCCCGACAGAGGUCGAUUAUCCUUGCCAGACGCCAUCAGGCUCAACAGACGAUCCGGUCGUCCCGCAUCAUGACGUCCAAACUCUCCUCCAUGUUUUUCCCUGGCGAAGAUCCCAAAGAUUCAAAAGGAUCAAAUACGCAAGAAAACAAAAGUGCAGACCCGGGAGCUGCCGAACGUUCCAACGUCCGCUUUGCCGCACAAGACGAAGAAAUCGACCCCCUCGAUGAGAGCAGAAGAAACUCAAACUUAGGAGACGCUCGUGAUGAAGAUUUGACCCCAGAAGCGCAUGAACAAAUCAGGAAUUUGGCCAUGACCCUCCAAAAGUCCCGGCUGCAAGAAAACAGAAUGGCCAACUUUGCCUACGAACCAGUCUCUAUGCCCGCCUCAAGAGUCCAUUCGAGAGAGAGUGAGGCAAGCGGCACUCCACGUGGCUCUACACGACAAGGCCACAGUUCCGUAUCCUCAGCUGUCCACUCACCGCCCCUAACACCUCACGGCUCCAAGGAUGGCCGAGCAGAUUCGGUUACUAGCACGCGUGGGCAACAAGGACAAUCAGCCAUCACCCCCCAGACAUCCCCUCCCUCGGACCUCCAAGGAAGAUCUCUAUCACAGUCAAUCUCUCCAUCACAAGCUACCCCCCAUCCACAGAGACACGAGGGCGCAGACUCAAAGAGACCUCGAUUUGAAAUCGGUCCUUCUGAAUCGGCAAGCCCCGUCGAGAGCCCGGUAGGAACACCAUCGCUGCGACCAGCCUCACCACAACCAGGCACAUUACCUCAGUCGAGAGCCGGCGCAGCUCUCACCGAGGCCAAGGUCGAGAAGACUGAGCAGCGAGAAGCCAGCCAGCAAAGACAUUUUGGAAGUGUCGGAAGGGGAUCUUUAGCUCCUGCCAUUGCAGCGGCCGCCGAGAGACUCCCACGGCCCGGUAGCAGUGGUGAUCUAGGAGCUUCGGAAAAGCGGAGUUCCAUCUUUGGAUCCAAGAAAGACCCAUAUUCACACGUCACCGACAGUGGUAGUGAGAGAUCUGGCCUCGAAGGCAAGAAACAUGGUUCAAUGUCCGAGUUGAAGCGUUUUUUCAGGCUUGGCCACAAAGACAAGCACCAUAAGCACGAUCGACAUUCCGAUUCUCCCGCGCCUUCGGUCCCAGUCUCGCGCAAGAGCAGUUCCAAAUCCGGGACGCGGACACCUCCUCAUCAAGCACCACCGCCCAAUGUUCCGUUUGCGGAUGACCACAGUCUGGAAGCCAAGUAUGGCAAGUUUGGCAAGGUCUUGGGGUCCGGUGCAGGUGGCUCUGUGCGACUGCUCAAGCGUAGCAGCGAUGGUGUCACUUUUGCUGUCAAACAAUUCCGAGAAAAGCACUCAUGGGAGUCGGAAAAGGACUAUUCCAAGAAGGUGACUGCUGAGUUCUGUAUUGGAUCGACCUUGCACCACGGCAACAUUAUUGAAACCAUGGACAUCAUCCAAGAGAACCAUCGAUGGUUCGAGGUGAUGGAGUACGCCCCUUACGACUUAUUCGCAACCGUCAUGACGGGCAAAAUGACUCGAGAAGAGAUUGCAUGCUCGUUCUUGCAAAUCGUCAACGGAGUCAGCUAUUUGCAUUCAAUGGGCCUUGCUCAUCGCGAUCUGAAACUGGACAAUGUGGUCAUCAGUGAACAUGGCAUUAUGAAAAUUAUUGAUUUUGGCAGUGCCACGGUUUUCCGGUAUCCAUUCGAAAACGACAUUGUUCUUGCGACCGGUAUCGUUGGUUCUGAUCCGUAUCUCGCACCUGAGGUUUACGACGAACGAAAGUAUGACCCCACGGCCACAGAUAUCUGGUCAUUGGCCAUCAUCUUUUGCUGUAUGUCGCUGCGGAGAUUUCCCUGGAAGCAACCUCGAAUCAUCGAUAAUUCGUACAAGUUGUUUGUGUCACCUCCCACACCAGGCACCCCGGUCCCAGAUUCUCAGCCUCGGAGAGCGUCACACCUCAGUCCACAAGACGACGGCCAUCGAAGAGGGUCUGAAGCCAAUGGCAGCAGUUCUUCACAUCAACACCAUCACUCGGACGCUCACGAGGGUUCGGAUUCACGGCCAACCACAUCCAGCGGUGAAAAGCAAGAGGUCAUCAAAGGUCCUUGGAGAUUACUCCGGAUCCUUCCGCGAGAAAGUCGACAUAUCAUUGGACGCAUGCUCAAAGUUGACCCGUCAGAACGCGCCAGCAUGGAAGAAGUUCUCGAGGACGAGUGGAUCCUCGGGGCCAAGGUGUGCUAUCAAGAAGAAAAUGGGACGAUUCAUCGAGCUGAAGGACACACCCAUGUGCUUGAAGCAGGAUCAGGAGGCCCUCCUCCGGCCAAAGUGUAGAACAAGGCCAUCAAGGCUAUGAAGAAGAGAUUCUGAUGCGUUUGGGCCAACUUGGACGAAGACAGGAGUACAGGAACGGAAUCAAUGACGACUGGAAACUCCUCCAGAACAAUAGGUGGAAGCAUGUUUGAUGUGGAACUUGGCGACAAAGAAGAUGGCGCUUGAUUCGGAUCUUGAUCAAGGCAAACGAUCGGAGUGGUUUGGCUCUGGACUUUGAUUAUAAUGUAGAUAGCAUGUCUGAUAUUGUGAUGAAUGAGAAUACUUCAAUCUAUAACAAAA